AUGUCUGCCGCGCAGCUUCUCAACCCGAAAGCAGAGUCCAGAAGAAGAGGAGAAGCUCUGAAAGUCAACAUCAGCGCUGGUGAGGGCCUGCAAGAUGUCCUGAAAUCGAACCUGGGUCCGUUGGGGACCAUCAAGAUGCUUGUUGACGGUGCUGGCGCGAUAAAACUUACCAAAGAUGGCAACGUUCUGCUACGAGAGAUGCAAAUCCAAAAUCCUACGGCGGUCAUGAUCGCGAGAGCAGCCACGGCCCAGGACGAUAUCUGUGGUGAUGGCACAACUUCUGUGGUUCUACUUGUGGGAGAACUCCUGAAGCAGGCAGACAGAUAUAUUUCGGAAGGUUUACAUCCUCGAAUCGUCACCGAUGGCUACGAAAUCGCGAAGACCGAGGCUCUGAAGUUCUUGGACACUUUCAAAUUAGAGAGAGAGGUCGACCGAGAGCUUCUGCUGUGCGUUGCUCGCACAUCCCUCUCCACGAAACUCAACCACACGCUCGCUGAUAAGCUCACCCCCGAUAUCGUGGAUGCAGUCCUCGCCAUCUACCAAGCCCCAGCGAAGCCCGAUUUACAUAUGAUCGAGAUCAUGAAGAUGCAACACAGAACCGCUUCCGACACACAACUCAUUCGAGGUCUUGCGUUGGAUCAUGGUGCCAGACAUCCCGACAUGCCCAAGAGAGUGGAGAAUGCGUUCAUCCUAAGUCUGAACGUAAGCUUAGAGUACGAGAAGUCAGAAAUCAACUCUGGGUUCUACUACUCGAGCGCGGAACAAAGAGACAAACUUGUGGAGAGUGAACGCCGAUUUGUGGAUGAGAAGCUACGAAAGAUCGUGGAGUUGAAGAAGGAAGUUUGUGGCAAUGAUCCCAAGAAGGGCUUCGUUAUCAUCAACCAAAAAGGAAUCGACCCCCUGUCUCUCGAUGUGCUCGUCAAGAAUGGUAUCUUCGCUUUGAGACGGGCCAAGAGACGUAAUAUGGAGAGAUUGCAGUUGAUCUGUGGUGGUACUGCGCAGAACAGCGUGGAUGACUUGUCACCAGAGAUUUUAGGAUGGGCAGGAAACGUUUACGAACACCAGCUUGGAGAGGAGAAGUACACGUUUAUCGAGGAUGUCAAGGACCCCAAAUCGGUAACGAUCCUCAUCAAGGGACCCAAUCAGCACACCAUCACCCAAAUCUCUGAUGCGGUUCGGGAUGGUCUUCGAAGCGUAUACAACAUGAUUGUCGACAAGAGUGUUGUUCCAGGUGCAGGAGCUUUCCAGGUAGCAUUGGCUGCCCACCUGAAUAGCGAGGCUUUCCGCAAAACGGUAAAGGGAAAGGCGAAGUGGGGAGUUCAAGCUUUCUCAGACGCCAUGUUGAUCAUUCCAAAGACUCUGGCUGCGAACGCUGGUCACGACGUCCAAGACGCGCUUGCCAGUCUGCAGGAUGAGCAAGCCGAGGGCAAUGUCGUCGGACUGGACCUGAAGUCUGGUGAACCGAUGGACCCUGUUCUCGAAGGUGUCUACGAUUCAUUCCGUGUCUUAAGAAACGCAAUUGCUUCCAGUUCUGGGAUCGCAUCAAAUCUCCUUCUCUGCGAUGAGAUGUUGAAGGCGAGGCAGAUGGGUCGUCAAGGAGGCCCUGGACCGGAUAUGGACGGCUAG